UCGGAAGACAGCUGGAAAAGCGUCUUCUUCGUUGGUAGUGAAAGAUGUAGUAAUGUGGUAAACAGACCAGGACAUCGAGGAAUUGCCAUACAAACUAAAGAAACAAAAACACAUGUCUGGUUGAUGUUGCAGCUGUAUGCAUUUCAGUCAACGAGAGCAGGGCGUUUCUGCGUGGGAGUCCCUCGGCUAUUCUCUGGAUCCUGUUUCUAGUUUUUAUUUGGUCAUGUCCGCCCCUCUCACACACAUGAGUGCUGUUUUCUCCUUGAGCUGGGCCGAGCGCUAUGCCUGACCGGGACAGCUCCUACCUGUCAGGUGGUGGUGGGAGUCUGGGUGAGGAAGGAGGACCUGGGUCUGGUUUGGCAGGGGGCACACCGGAGGGCAGAGGUGGUUCAGGAGGAAGUCUCGGAAGCAACGUCUCUGGCAUGGGCGGAGGAGGGGCACUCGGAAAUGGCAACAGCUGUGGGAACAGCGGAGGUGGGGGUCAAGGUGCAGGAUUGGCAGUGGGCGGUGUCUGCAGGGACUUCAUACGCAAUGUCUGCAAGAGAGGAAAGCGCUGCCGCUUUAGACACCCAGACUUUAAUGAGGUGCCAGACUUGGGGGUGCAAAAGAAUGAAUUUAUCUUCUGUCAUGACCACCAGAACAAGGAGUGUAUGCGCUCUAACUGCCGCUUUGUCCAUGGAUCUAAAGAGGAUGAGGACUAUUACAAGAAAUCUGGAGAGCUACCCCUCAGACUAAGAGGAAAAGUUGCAGCACGACUGGGCCUGUCCCCAAUGGAUCUUCCCCACAGUCGUGGGGAAGUCCCUAUCUGCAGAGACUUCCUGAAGGGGGAGUGCCAGAGGGGCAAUAAGUGUAAAUUUCGCCAUGUCGAAAAAGACUAUGAAUAUGAGCCUUCCAGGGUUGGAGUGGGAGGUGUUAUAGGGCCAGGGACCAGUGGAAUGGUGAAUGCUGGGGGAGGGAUAGGUGGUGGAGGAGCAGGUGCCUGUGGAGGAAUGCAAGGACUUGUGGGAGGUGGAGGUGGAAGUAAUAUGAUGGGGAUGGGGAUGGGUUGCCCCAGCCUGGCUGGUUGCAGAGAUCCAGGUAUCACAGGAGUUGGGGGGGUAGGUGGAGGUGGAAUGAGCACGUGUCUGUCCAUAAGUUCUGCGGGGCCACGGCGUUUUGACAGGAGCUCAUGCUCAGUGUAUGACCCUGUGCUUGAAAGUGGGCUGUUUGAUGCAAGCUCCCUAGAGGCCUCCAUGGACCACAAUGCUCUACAGUUGAAGAGGCGGCGGUUGGAGGGGCUGCGCAUGGCUGAUGUGAGUGGAGGUGCGCACUUUGAGCUGGGAGUUCAAUCUACCUUGCCGCCACGCCCUCUGGAGUACAUGUUCCUGGAGGAGGAGAACUCCCUGCUGAGGAAGAGAGUUGAGGAGUUGAAAAAGCAGGUUUCAAAUCUCGUUGCCACAAAUGAGGUUCUUCUGGACCAGAAUGCCCAGUUCCGAAGCCAGGCCAAAGUGAUGACUCUGGCUUCCACUUCUGCAUCCAUUGAGCAGAGUCUGGUGCCCCCUCUAGGUGCAAUUGGUUCCUACAAUCAUAGCAUUGCUCAAACUCACACCACCCUGAGCAGUGCUGGACUGCAGCCACGGCUUGUCACCCAGCAAGACCUGGUAGCAUCUACCGGCGCCCCUUCAGUGCCGCAGAGUAGCGCUGCACAGCCCACAGCCCCUCUGCCUCACCUCAACCCUGAGAUCACCCCCCUCUCCGCCGCCCUUGCACAGACUAUUGCCCAAGGGAUGGUGGCACCGGUUUCUAUGGCACCAGUGGCUGUAUCUGUGGCACCAGUGGCCGUGGCCAUGACGCAGCCUAUGUCCGGCAUCACCAUGAGUCAUGCUACCACCCCGAUGGUGGCGUACCCCAUUGUGAGUCAAAGCAUGAGAAUCACCACUCUGCCUCAUUAACUGAUUAAGGGCAGGACUGUAGUACCCAUGAUUCAAACUGUAGCUUCCUGAACUGUGAUUUUUAACAUAGAUGGCCUUCUUUUAUGUGUAGUGUACACUUACCUGAUGACAGAAAAAUGAUAACCGAGCUGUAUUAGACUCUUGUACUUCUCCACCAGGGGGCAGGAUAAAGACUCCCCUCAGUCUUUUUUUGUGGCAACAUUACAGAUACAUUUUUCCUACAGACAAACUGACCUGUGAACAGUUUGGUACGAAAGGAAUCUAUUCAUACACGCAUGAUAAAUGUCAACAAACUGAACAUAUGUGAGAUCAUCCAUAUUUUUUUGAACCAUUUCUGCAACACUGCUUUGCUGUCCUUGUGGGGACAUGGCCAUUUUGGGAGCAGUUUGUUUUGACAUUGUUGUGGAUGCUCUGGUGUAAAUUAACUCUGAUACUUUGCACAUUUAAAAAAAAAACAAAAAAACAAUAACAGCCACUCGACAAUGAA